AUGAGGUGUUCCUUCCUUGUCAUUUUUCUCAUGCUCUUUCACAGCACAAUCAGUGAUGAUUUGAUCCAACAAUAUUGCAAGAAAGCCGCAGAUCACGAACCAUCUUUGAACUACGACUUUUGUGUCUCAACCAUUGAGGCCAACCCUAAAAGCCAUAGUGCAGACCUUGCAACACUUACAGCGAUCGUACUUGACCUAGCCGGAGCCAAGGUGACCAGCAUCAAUUCACACAUUCAAGAGCUAAAGAAGGAUCCAAAAAUUGACCAACCUGCAUUACAAGACUACGAAGAAGUAUACUCAGAUGCCACUGGUAGCAUGCAGGAAGCUACAAAUUCCUUCAAGGCCAAGAAUUAUGAGUCGACUCUUAAUACUCUUAGUGCUGCCUUGAAUGCACCUGAUCAUACUUGUGAAACUGGAUUUCAAGAGAGGAAAGUAGUGUCUCCCUUGAAGAAGGAGGACAAUGACUUCACUUAA